AUGUUCACCUUCAUAGCGCUACUCGUCCUGGGGACACUCCCGAAGCCUAUCCUCAGAGUACAGCCAGACUCUGUGGUUGCCAGGCAGACUAAUGUGACCUUCAUGUGUGAGGGGAUCACAGGAACGAAAGAGUAUAAUAUCUCCAAAGAUGAUGGUAACUACACACAGUUCAUACAGUUUCUACAAAAGUCUCAAAAUACGGCUGAAUUCUCCAUCUCAAAAAUUGAGGAGCAUCACGCAGGGCAAUAUCAUUGUUGCUAUAAGACCCAUGAUGGAAAAUCAGAGUGCAGUGACUCCAUGGAGCUGGUGGUGACAGGAGCCUACAAUAAACCCAGUCUGUCAGUCCAGCCCAGCCCGAUAAUCACUGAAGGAGGGAAUGCCACUUUACUGUGUGACUCAGGGCAGAAAUGUCACAGACUCAUUCUGACUAUGGAAGGACCACAGAAGCGAUCCUGGAUGCUGGACCCACAGUAUAACAACUCUAUUAAGCAUUUCCAGGCCCUGUUCUCUGUGGGUCCUAUAACCUCCCGCCAAAGGUGGACAUUCAGAUGCCACAGCUUUCACAGAAAUAGAACACAGGUGUGGUCAGAACCUAGUGACAUCCUGGAGCUCGUGGUCUCAGGGACCCUCCCCAAGCCCAUCAUCAAAGCUGAGCCAGGCACUGUGAUUGCCUACAAAAGCUCUGUGACCAUCUGGUGUCAGGGGAGACUGGACGCACAACUGUAUGUUCUGCAUAAGCAGGGAAGCCCAAAACUCUGGGGCACAGAGUCCACAGAGGAGUUUGGGGAAAAGGCCAAAUUCUUCAUCCCUUCUGUGACAAAGGAACAUGUAGGACAAUAUCAGUGUUACUGUUAUACCUCAGCUGGCUGGUCAGAGCACAGUGACACCCUGGAGAUUGUGGUUACAGGAUUCCUCCCCAGUAAACCAAGACUAUCAGCACUGUCAGGGCCUGUGGCAACCUCAGGAGGAAGCAUGACUCUCCAGUGUGUCUCCGAGCAUAGAUAUGAUACGUUCAUUGUCACCAAAGAACAUGAGAAGUUCUCCAGUUCCCUGGACUCACAGUAUAUACACACUAAUGGUCACUUCCAAGCCACAUUCUCUAUGAGUCCUGUUACACCAGCCUACAGAGCGAAAUUCAGAUGUAAUGGUUACUACAAGCAUAUCCCAAAGCUGUGGUCAGUAUCCAGUGAUCCAUUGGAAAUACAAAUCUCAGGGCUGUCAAAGAAGCCGUCUUUGCUAACUCAUCAUGGUAGUAUCUUGGAUCCUGGGAAGUAUCUCACUCUGCAGUGUUGCUCUGACAUGGACUAUAGCAGAUUUUUUCUGCACAAGUUGGGGGAAGCUCACUUCAUCCAGAAGAAUGGCCAGAGGACCCGGGCUGGCCUCUCCUUGGCCAACUUCACACUGGGCUCUAGGAACAGCUCUACUGGAGGCCAAUACAGAUGCUAUGGUGCACACAACCUCUCCUCUGAGUGGUCAGCCUCCAGUGACCCCCUAGACAUCAGGGUCACAGGACAGCUUCCGUUCACUCCUGUCCUCUCAGUGAAGCCUAAGUCAACAGUGCAUCCAGGACAAAAUGUGACCUUUCUAUGUUGGUCAACAUACCCAACUGACACUUUCAUUCUGCACAAGGAGGGAAAAAACCAUCUACUCAAACAACUAAAAUCAAAGUUUCAAGAUCGUCGUUUCCAGGCAGAAUUGUCCAUUAUUGGUGUGACCUCUGCCCUCUCAGGAAAGUACAGGUGCUACAGUUCUCUUGAGUCAUCUCCCUACCUGCUGUCACAUGGCAGUGCCCCUGUGGAGAUCACUGUCUCAGAACAAACGAAAGCCUCCAGCCUUCCACCCUUCAAGCCCAUGGGAGCCUCCAGCCUUCCACCAUUAAAGCCCAUGGAAGCCUCCAGCCUUCCACCCUUCAAGCCCGGGCAAACAGCUGGACUUGAAAGUUAUCUGAAAGUUCUGGUUGGCGUGUCUGCGGCCUUCCCCCUGUUCCUAUUCAUCCUCAUUUUCCUCCUUCUCAGACGAAGGCAACAGGGCAAAGUCAGGAAGCAAGCUCAGAAAGAGACAGAACUGCAACUUCCUGCAGGAGCUGCAGAACCAGUAGCCAGAUCAAACCUAGAUGCCACCACCCAGGAAGAAAUCAUUUGUGAGAAAAAGAGGGUCCCGGGGAUGGAGAGAUGUUUUGAUGGAGAACACAAAGCCUGA